UAAGUUGAAUGUCUUUGUUUUGAAAAUGUAAACGUUUAUUUUUAUUUUCAGAAUGUUGAAAUAGUUACUUGUUUCUCUCGCGAGAUCUGACAAGACUGCGCGCGAAGCAAACAGGGCGAGGAUAAAGCAAGAUGGCGUCUGACGGUGAAGACGUUAUUGCAGUCGUCACAGUUCAGUGUUCUUAAUCUGUGCGUCCAUGUACACAUAUAUGUCCUUUAUUACACUCUAUUAAAUAGAGUAACAUCGUUAAUAACUGUUUGUAUAUUAGUCUGAGCGCACUUCUCGAGCUAGCUUAGCUUGCUAGUUAGCUUAGCUUGUUAGCUGCUAACAAAGAGAGAUGAAAACACAUCGCUAAGCAGAGAUCAAGUGUGAGUGUAAAGUGUUGUGAUUGUGUGAAAAUGUGCGAAAGAACCAUAGCAGAGUACGAGGAGGAACUUUGUCCAACAAAAGAGGAGAAGGAGCGACAACAUGAAAAACAUCAAGUUGUGUUACACACAACAGACAUCCAUCAGCUGAUUGGACACCAAGAAGAAUGUCUCCCUCAUCUGCAGGGGGACAGUUUCACUUCAGAGGAUCCACAGCCCUCACACAUGAAAGAGGAAGAGGAGGGAGAGUGUCCUGUAGGGCAGGAGGAGGAUGAUGUCAGCAAGUUUCCACUGACUGUUGUCUCUGUGAAGACUGAAGAGCAUGAAGACAAAGCACCUGAGUCCUCACAGCUUCAUCACAGUCCAAGUUUGAGCCAAAUGCUGGAUUUGACGCCGCUGUUGCUUGUGGAGAUCUUUCACCCAGUCGCCUACGGGAGCAGUUGAGGGACUGACCUUUUGUGUGAGGAGUGUUGCUGACCUCAAUGAAGAACAUUAUCUCCAUCAGCAGGAGGAGGAACCACAGCCCCUCCACAUUAAAGAGGAAGAAGAGGUACCAAAGCUCCAACACAUUAAAGAUCCACAGCCCCCCCACAUUAAAGAGGAAGAAGAGGUACCACAGCUCCAACACAUUAAGGAGGAAACAGAGGAUCCACAGCCCCCCCACAUUAAAGAGGAAGAGGAAGAACACAGCAUCAGUCAGGAGGGAGAUCAUCUUGAAGGACUGGUGGAGUUCCCAGUGACUGGUGUCCCUGUGAAGAGUGAAGAUGAUGAGGUCAAAGGUGAAAGUGAGGAGAAGAGAGAGGCGGAGCCUCCAAGCAGCAGCUCAACACAACACAUGACAACAGAAGCUGAUGGAGACCACUGUGGAGGAUCACAAGCAGACAAGAUCUUAGCUCCACUAUCAGAUAGUGAGGACACAACGUCACACUCUCCUGACACUGAUGAUGAACACUCUAAAGAUGAUGCAACAUGUCACACUGACAACACUCACUUGAAGUGUUCUCACUGUCACAAAACUUUUAAAUAUCCUAGUAAAUUGAAAAGACACAUGAGAACACACACUGGAGAAAAACCUUUUUCUUGUUCAGUGUGUGGUGUAUUUUUUGCACAGGGUGUAAGUUUGAAAAAACACAUGAGAAGACACACUGGAGUUAAAUGUUCCUGUUCAGUGUGUGGAACAGGUUUUGUACACAAGGACAACUUGAAAAGACACAUGAGAACACACACUAGAGAAAAACCUUUUUCUUGUUCAAUCUGUGGCUUAUCUUUUACUAGGAAGGACAGUUUGAAAGAUCACUCAAGAACACACACUGGAGAAAAACCUUUUUCUUGUUCAGUGUGUGGUGUAGUUUUUGCACAGAGCGUAAGUUUGAAACAACACAUGAGAAGACACACUGGAGUUACAUUUUCCUGUUCAAUGUGUGGAACAGGUUUUGUACACAAGGACAACUUGAAAAGACACAUGAGAAUACACACUGGAGAAAAACCUUUUUCUUGUUCAAUCUGUGGCUUAUCUUUUACAAGGAAGGCCGGUUUGAAAGAUCACAAGUGUGCUGGUGAGAACAGCAGCAGUAAAAUAAAAAAGUGCUCUGCAGACCUCCACCAGGCCAAAUCUCCCAGUAGUAAAGAAUCCUUCAAAAGAAAGCAGAAUCCAAAAAUGAUGAUCAGGAUCAACACCAAAAUCUAAUCACUUGUUCCUUAUCCCAUUUCUGACAUGUCCUGAAAGUUUCAUUAACAUCUGACUAUACUUUUUUUUUUUUUUGAUUCCAACUAAAUGACAAUCAAACAAACCCCAAAUCACUUUUAGUUACUUUUCAAUUACUUCAAUAGCAAACAUGUAAAUAUGUUUCUUAGUUACACAUCCUGGAAAACAACAUCCACACAACAGUUUAUAUUUAUUAUCCAUUCUUACUAAUGUUUUUAAUUGUGUACUAACACAUCACUUUAAACUUCUGCUAACAUUUAAGAAGUGAUUAUGAUGUUAUGGUUCAGUGUGCCCUUUCACAGGCUUGCUGUGUCCAAAACAAGUCUCCACCAUGGUGGUGCCAGCCGUCAUACUACUUGUACAAUAUAAUUAUGCACACCUUUUGUAAGAUAGACAUUUUUGUUUGUACUAGCAGAUUCAAACCAGCGCUGUAUCCUUUGCAUGUGACCUUGUAGAAUAAAAUGUCUGUUUUUUAGGA